UUAUUGAAUUGUCCUGAAAGUAUAAUCUCCUGGGGACAACACUAUUUAAUGUCCUACUAUUUGAACGAAUGAGAAAGUAAACACUUACCGACCUGACAGCCGAUAGUGAACAGUGAUCAGGAGAUAACAGCUAUUGUUGUAACUGCAGCGAUUGUAAGCAAACAGUACAUAUAAGCGGUUCACAAAGCUAAUGCAAAUAGGUCCUAUAAAACCAGUGAAAUAUUGAUAUAUUUUGUUUUAAAAGAUUUAUUUUUAAAAACGAUUUAUUUCUCCGGAAUGGGUUGCUGGUUCGGCUGCAUCCGUGGGAACGUGCGUUGGGCUGAUAGCGUAACUAAAUAAUAUACAUGGGGAUAUAAAAAAUGGUAGAGAUGUUCUCUUGUCCGACAAACCGUUGGUAAACUUUCUGAACUUGAGCGAUUUUCCCGGAAAUCAUCUGCAGAGAUAUCUGGAAGCUCAUAUGAUAGGAUAUUUUGCUGAUUUAACAUGUGAGCCGUCAUUGCAAAGUGAAGAAUUGCAAAAUUUCUUAAAAGAGGACAAUCAGUUUGAUAUCAUUCUGACGGAAAUGUUCAACACCAAUUGUUUUUUUGGAUUGAUCAACAAAUUUCAAGCUCCUUUUAUUGGAUUAAGUUCGUGCGCAAUGAUGGCUUGGCACCCGGAUUGGUUUGGUUCGCCAAAUAAUCCAUCCUAUAACUCAAUGACUUAUAUGGCCUACCCAGUACCUAUGACAUUUUUACAACGUGUGGAAAAUACGCUUAUGUAUAUAGAAAAUGUGCUUGAGUACAAAUUUAUGAUGGAAUGGUCAGGGAGAAAACUAUCUCUUCAGUAUACGGGGUUCGAGCCAGUUGAUCCUCAUAAAGCUAGCCUUCUGUUACUUAACACCCAUUAUUCUUUGCAUGGGGCCAAGCCGUUGACACCCAGUAUUGUCGAGGUCGGUGGUAUACAUGUGGUAUCGAAAAAGCCGAAAAAAUUGCCUGUGGACAUAGAGAAAUGGACAAACGAAGCUACCUCAGGCCUAAUCUACUUUAGUUUGGGAUCCUUGGUCAAAGGACAUACUUUUCCAGAUCUUCAGCUCAAGGCUUUCAUAAAAGCAUUUUCCAAAUUGCCGCAAAAAGUUUUGUGGAAGUGGGAAAUCGAUGAUAUGCCAGGAAAGCCUGGUAAUAUCAUGUUGACCAAGUGGGCCCCUCAGUUUGACAUUUUAUGUCAUCCUAAUACUGUUUUGUUUAUAUCGCAUGGCGGUUUAUUGGGUACAACUGAAGCAGUUCAUUGCGGAGUUCCCAUGUUAGUAAUGCCUCAAUUCGGAGAUCAACCUUUAAAUGCCGAAGCUCUAAAAUCAAAUGGUGCUGGCGUUAUUUUAAAGCUCAGAGAUGCCACUGAAGAUAGUAUCAGUGAAGCAAUUUCCGAGGCCAUGAGUACAAAAACAAAAACCAAAGCGAAAGACCUCUCGGAACGAUUCAAAGACAGACUUGUUUCGCCUUUGGAAACUUCCAUUUUCUGGAUCGAAUACAUUGCAAAACAUAAAGGAGGACAGUCUUUGCAGUCUGCAUCGAUUGCAAUGCCGUUUUAUCAGUAUUUCCUAUUAGAUGUAAUUGCUUUUACCGUGUUAGCUCUAUUUCUCUUUCUGUUUAUAAUCUUUGAAUCAAUCUGCCUUUUUGCGAGGAGGUUUUUUGGAAAACCGAAAACUAAACUGUUAUGAGCAUAAGCUGUAAAAGACAAUAGUUUUUAAAAACGAAUUAAAAAAUUAAAUAAU